UAUCUUUCUAACUUUACUGAACCCAGCCAGUUCAUUACACCACGCUGCAACACGCGCACUGCCUGGGUAUUUUGGGGGGGAUGCGCACGAUUUACAGUUCAUUAUAAAAUCAUGUUUUACUUUAGCACGGGAGUAAACUGGCCAGCAGCGAGUCCUCGUGAAGUCACUCCAGAAGCUCAGCUACACACCCCUCGCUCUCAUUCCUGAGCCGAGUCCCAGAAGGAACACUGCUCUCCUCGGGCCAGGCGAGUAGCUAUACUACGGAAUCUCCAGAGAAGCAUUUAUUUGUAUUCAUUUUAUUCGCAUGCUAUAAGAGAAGGUGUUUGCGGAUCAUAUGUAAUCUCUUUGGCUGAACUAACAAGUGGAAAACGUGUUCAGCAAAGUGCGGGCUGAAAUAAACACGCGUUAGAGCUUACAGGAGGCUGAUACACGCAGCUCCAAUGGAUCUUGUGGUCUUGUUGGCGUUCAGCUCCUGGCUGGCUCCUGCACUCGCCACAGUGGCAGAUGAGGACAAAGACAGUGACAGUGCUUUUCAUUACGAUUAUGAAUCUCUGAGAAUCGGUGGCCUGGUUAUCGCAGGGAUACUGUUCCUCAUGGGGAUCGCCCUCAUUGUCACCCGAAAAUGUUCCUGCUCAAAGGGUGACAAGUCGAGGUCCAGAAGUCCUGAUGUGGAAUCGGUUGUUCCUCAAGCUUAGACAAAGGACAACGGAGAUCUGUGCUACUGACUUCCCACUAGGUGGCAGCAAAUACCUUGAUCACAGCAGAGGACAAUCUUUCCACGAAAACAAGAAGCUUCCUUCCAUUUCUUAAUGUUACUGUGCUCCUUUUAUCCUUUUUAAAUGUUUGUAUCAUCAAUCACGGGGCCUAGAUAAUGUGCCAACGUUAAAUGCUAGUACUAUAGUGUGGUAAAAGUGUGAUUCUCAUUUGUAUUUUUAUGACUUUCACAUUGAUGCAAAAUAAUAAAGCACAUGUUGGAAAAGGUU